AUUAUGCAUUCAGAGCAGAUACAUUUUAGGAUAGGCCUUGGCUGACUGCAGGGUAUUGCUAGGUGGAUCCCCUCUGAAUAACAGCUGGUAAUAUUCUCAUAACACUAACUGCACCCCUUUGAGCUAGGCAGUCUGUUACUCCCAAUUACACAUGGGGAAACUGAGGCACAGAGCCCCAGGUCAGAGGACUGGUUGGCAUGUGCUGAAGCUGGGAUGCAAUCCUAGGAUGUUUGGCUCCAGAAUCUCCCUCUUGCCAUAGAACUGUGGUUUCAGUGGGAGUCUUUGAAGGCAGUUGUUAUAUUUCACUUGUAGAAAAGAUUUGAGGAGUUGGGGUUACUGUCUGCAAACACUUGAAGUGGGAAGCGGUCGAUUACAUCUGUUCGGUGAUGGUCCAAUGGGGAGAAUUUAGACCCCUCGUAGAGGAAACACCUGUGAGUAAGAAACUGAAUAUAGCUGGGUCCUGAGAUACAGAUGCAUCGCCUAGGGCAGCACCUCCAUGAGUUGCCUGCGCUUUAGCGGACUUCAUGGGAAAACUCCAAGGUUGCUUGCCUAAAAUGUUGCCCCUGAACUUGUGGGAUAGAUGGGUCUUGGAAUUCCAUGACCCUUCAAGAUCCUUUUCAGUGCCAAGAUCUUCAGCACGUUCUGGGCUCAGCAUCAGGACAGUUCUCUUUGUAGACCUCGACAUGGGCUCCUCGAAGAAGGUUACUCUCUUGGUGCUCAGCCGGGAGCAGUCUGAAGGGGUUGGAGCUCGGGUCCGCAGAAGCAUCGGCAGACCCGAGUUAAAAAAUCUGGAUCCAUUUUUACUGUUUGAUGAGUUCAAAGGAGGUAGACCUGGAGGAUUUCCUGAUCACCCACAUCGAGGUUUUGAAACAGUAUCAUACCUUCUGGAAGGGGGCAGCAUGGCUCACGAGGACUUCUGUGGACACCGUGGUAAAAUGAACCCAGGAGAUCUGCAGUGGAUGACUGCAGGCCGGGGCAUUCUGCAUGCAGAGAUGCCAUGCUCAGAGGAGCCAGCCCAUGGCCUACAACUGUGGGUUAAUUUGAAAAGUUCGGAGAAGAUGGUGGAGCCUCGGUACCAGGAAUUGAAAAGUGAAGAAAUCCCUAAACCUAGUAAGGAUGGUGUGACAGUUGCUGUCAUUUCUGGAGAAGCUCUGGGAAUAAAGUCCAAGAUUUACACUCGCACACCAACCUUAUAUUUGGACUUCAAGUUGGACCAAGGAGCAAAGCAUUCCCAGCCUAUUCCUGAAGGCUAGGCAUGUUUCCGUGGAGUUGUGCUAAUCUUGCAGAAAACAGAUGUUUCAUGCAGUGAUGAUCUGGAAGACAGUUGAUAUCAGGAACUGAGCUGAAUGGCGCAUCACUGACAAAGAAUCCAAUUUGUCGAGUCUCUGACAGUACCAGAUUCCUUUCACACUGGCCGCAUGUUUUUCAUAUUAACUCUUGGCUAAAAUAAGAACAAGGAGGGUUUAGUUUUUUAAAUGCAGUCACUUCUACCAUGUCUUGCAAGCCAAUCUGAUUUUUCUUGCUGUUAGCUGAUGCACAGAUGACACUGUUACCAUUCAUUGUGAGGGACGUAAUUCUACAUUUCUAGGAAAAAUAUCAAUAUUUUCCAAGAAACUUAUGUGUUCGGUUCCUCAUGUCCCCUUUGUCUUCUGACUGACUGCAUCGAAGUUUGACCCUCAAAAGCCACCUUCCUUCACAAUACAUCUGCUUCUGGGUACUUAAAAGCAUAAGGUAGAAUGUUAAAAAUGAACUGUUUAAUGUGGAAAAAUUUUGUUUUGUGAGUCUUUUUCUUUCCUCACCUAUACUUUUCUUAACAGGAUAUAUAGAUCAACAGACAAAAUUGUUUUAGAGAACAUGCAGUUUAUCCCUCUGUGGUAGACAAAACAUAUGCCCCACCCUCAAGAUGGUCAUAACCCAACCCCCAGAACCUGUGAAUGUUACAGGGCAAAGGGCACAUUGCAGAUGUGACUGAAUUAAGGCUCUGCAGAUGGGAAGUGCUGGGGUUUGAAUAAGUGUCCACGAAGGCCCAUGUGUUAAAGCCUUAGUCUCAGUCUGUGACUAUUUGGAGGUGGGAGAAGCUUUUAAGGAGUCGGGCCUAAUGGAAAGAAGGCAAGUCAUUGUGGAUGGCCUUUAGAAGGGGAUGUUCGGACCUUGGCCCCUUCUCUUUCUCUUUUUUUGGUUCCUGGUUAUUAUGAGGUAAGCAGCCUUUUCUGCCAUGCACUCUUACCAGGAUGAACUGCUUCACCACAAGCCCCAAAGCAACCUAGUCAGUCGAUUGUGACCCACAACCUCUCAAACCAUGAGCCAAAAUAAACUUUCCUGUUUUUAAGUUGCCACAGGUAUUUUGUUACAGUAAUAGGAAACCGACUAACACACAGAGAUUAGAGUGGGUAAUCUAGGUGGGCACAAUGUCAUUAUCAGAGUGUGUACGUAUAAAAGGGAGACAAGGGAGUCAGAGCAAGAGAAGGACAUGUGACAAUAGAAGCAAAGUGAUGUGCUUGUGACUUGUUGCAGCGGCAAUAAGAAGCAAAUACUACUUCUUAAAUAUUGUCAAUAUAUUUUUGCAUCUGGGUUUGUCUUCAAGGGUACAAAAGGAAGGAGCCAUCUCUUCCUCAUUCAACUGAAAAAAAUAGAUUUUAAUGUUGUGCAUGUAGUAGCUAUUCAGUAAGUUAUAUUAGGAGAUACUUACAUCUUAUAUUGGCUAGCUAUAUGCCUUACAACAAAUUGCCCUAAACUUAAUGCCUUAAGAGUGCAUGGAUUUUCUCACAGUUGUCUCUCAACUUAGCCGUGUCCUCUGGCUCAGAGCAGUGAUCACAGUGUCAGCCAAGGCUGCAGUCAUCUCAAACCUCAGCUGGGAAGGAUGCUCUUCCAGGCUCAUGGUCAUGUGGCUGUUGGCAGGCUGGAGUCCCCAGAAGAUUGCUAACCGGAGCCUGCCCUCUGUUGCUUUCCACAUGGGCCUCUCCACAGGACAGCUCCCCAAGUGGCCGUGGCUUCAUCGAAUCACACGUGUGAGAAAGCACAAGAGGAUCAGCAAGACAGAAGCCAGAGUCUUUAUGCAACUAAUCUCAGAAAUGACACCCUGUCACCAUUGGUGUGUUUUGUUCACUGGGAGCAAAUUACUAGGUACAGCCACACUCAGGGCUAUACCACGAGGCAGGAGCCAUGGGGUGAUUUUGUAGGACAUUUUAGAGUUAAUUGCAGUACUUAGGAUCUUGGUUCAAAGUGUAACAUAUUUCUCCGUGGUCAGUGACUCAGAAAUGAGUAAGGAUUGUUUUCUUUCUCAUUUCUGUGCUGGGGAUGGAACCUAGGGCUUUCUGCAUGCUAAGCAAGUACUCUUCACUGAUCCACACCCCAGCCCCUCAUGUUUUUUUAAUGAUUUGAAUAAGUCUGGAGAAAUACAUGAUGAGUUUUCCUUGGUGUUCUUGCCUAAAUGGCUUUUCAUGGUUACUCUCUCCUGUUAAGGAAAAUGCCCCAAAAUGAAUGAUUCACGUAGAAUUUUAGAUUUUGUGGUAUUUUCGUAGAGAGUGAGAAGGCUGAUUUUUGUUUAUGCCAAAUGAUUUAACUUAUGGGUAGUUUUUUUUUUUUUGAGGAGCUCUCCACUUAACAGUAGUGCAUUAGAAUAUUUGAUCACAGUUCCCCUUAUAUUUACAAUACGCAUAUGAGAGUUAUGGAUAUAAAUCAGUACAUUUUCAGAGCAGUGAUGAACAUGACCCAGAGGAUGAAAUGUAAAGUUUUCCAGCAAGAAGUUUCAUAUAAUUUUCCUUUGUGUGGGUUGCCUUUUUCAUAUUGAUUGCAUGAGCUCUUUAUAUAUUCUGAAUAAGUUAUUGUCAAUUAUUUGUGUUGCAAAUACUUUCUCCCUUCUGCCUUCACUCAUCUGUGAUAUUGUAUUUUAAUAUGUGUAUAAAAUUUCUUCAGUAUACUAAUCUGUUCCUUAAUGACUACGACUCCUUUAAUAAUCAUUCCUUAACCCCAAAUCAUGAAAAUAUUCUCUAUAUUAGUAAGUGUUCUGUCAUUUGACCUUUCAUAUUGAUGUAUGUAUUCCUCCUGGAAUUAGUUUUCUUUUUAAAAUUAUUUUUCAUUAACAGAUAAAAUUGUGUUUAUCAUGUAUAAGAUGAUGUAUAUAUUAAGAUGACUAAAUCAAGCUAAUAAACAUGCAUUAACUCACAUAGUUA